GCGGCGGAGCAUCGCCUGGCGGGGAAAGCGAGGGACCAAAUGAUUGUGAGGAAGGGCGGCAGCCGCCACCGCCGAGAGAGGAGCCAGCCGCGGCGCAGCGGCAGCCCCGGCAGGAGACCCGACGCCCGCGGGGCCCGGCUGGGCGGCGAUGGCGGCGGGCGGCGGGCGGCGGACGGGCCGCCGGGUUUAGGGGGCGGGGGGCGGCGGCGGCGGCGGCGGGGCUGAGGGGAGCCCCCCCCGCCCACGGGCGCCACAUGGCGCGGGCCUGAUGCCGGAGCGCGGCCCGGCGCCGCGGCGGCGCUGCGGGAGGAGGAGGAGGAGGAGGAUGGCGGGGCUGGCGUGGAAGUGGCCGCGCACCCGUCUGCCCGUGGGGGCCAGCGCCCUGGGCGUCUUCGUCCUCUGCUGGCUCUACGUCUUCCCCGUCUACCGGCUGCCCGACGAGAAGGAGAUCGUGCAGGGGGUGCUGCUGCAGCAGGGCAAGGCGUGGAGGAGGAACCAGACUGCGGUCGCCCUGUUCAGGAAACUGCUGGAAGAAUGCUGUGACCCUGGGCAGCUCUUUGCUAUGACAAAGCUGAACUCCCCGAUGGGAAAGAACCUCUGGUUUGAUGGGGAAUUUUUAUAUUCUUUCACUAUUGACAAUGCAACUUACUCCCUCUUCCCACAGGCUACUCCCUUCCAGCUGCCACUGAAGAAAUGCUCCGUGGUGGGAAACGGUGGGAUCUUGAAAAAGAGUGGCUGCGGCAAACAAAUCGAUCAAGCAGAUUUUGUCAUGCGGUGCAACCUUCCUCCUUUAUCCAGUGAGUACAGCAAGGAUGUUGGAUCAAAAACCCAGCUGGUGACUGCAAAUCCCAGUAUAAUUCAGAAAAGGUUCCAGAAUCUGCUCUGGUCUCGAAAAGCAUUUGUGGACAGUGUGAAGGUGUAUAACCACAGUUACAUCUACAUGCCAGCCUUCUCGAUGAAGACAGGGACAGGACCCUCCUUACGUGUCUAUUACACCCUGGAGGACUUUGGUGCCAAGCAGGCGGUCCUUUUCGCCAACCCCAAUUUCCUGCGUGACAUUGGCAAGUUCUGGAAGAGCAAAGGUAUCCAUGCCAAACGGCUUUCCACAGGACUUUUCCUAGUCAGUGCCGCCCUUGGUCUGUGUGAGGAAGUAACAAUUUAUGGAUUCUGGCCAUUCUCAGUGGACCUGCACGGGAAGUUUAUUAGCCAUCAUUACUAUGACAAUGUCUUGCCCGAUUCUGGAUUCCAUGCCAUGCCGGAGGAGUUUCUACAGCUCUGGUUUCUUCAUAAAAGUGGUGUACUGAGAAUGCAGCUAGAACCAUGUGAGGACCCUUUAAUCCCGUCUUCUGCCUGAGGAUCGUGGGAGUCGGUUUGGAAGAUCCAAUCGUUUUUAAUUUCCACGCUCUCCAACAGAGAGUUAUGUUUUCUGUUGAUUCUUUUUAAAGGGAAAAUAAUUGUGGAUCUGCAUGGACCAUAAAAAUGCUACUUGAAGGCCAAAUGGAAUACGUCGUUAAUGUAUAGUGCUUUAUGGAACUGGGGUGGGGGAAAGCGAAUCUCUCCAUCGAGUCCAUUCAGCAGCAGUGUGAAAAUAAUGUCAGAAGCAGCACAACUGAACUUUCUGGGGGACGUUUUUAAAUGAUGUAAAAAGGGCAUUAAGGCUCGGAGAGACAAAGGGCCACCCAUAAGCUUUUGCUGACAGUGCCAAAUAUGACUGUCUAUUCAAAAAUCCAUUUCAUUCCAGAUUGGCACCUCGUACAACUUUCCUUUUUCUUUUUCUUUUUUUCCUGGGUAUGGGUGUGGGUGUGUGUAGAACAUGUGUGUGUUGUUGACUUUCCUUGUUUCUUUCUUUUUUUUUUUUCUUUUACUAUUUUUUCCCCCCAAUAGAAGGAAAAGGGAAGGCUUAAAAGCUUUGGGAGCCAAGUACCAUCAAUUCCUCCAAAGACUCUUGGGAAAGUGAAGGGUGCUAAGAAUCUGAUUAGAAGAAUGUUCUAGGAAUGCCCUGCUACUGAGUAUGGGUGGACCUACUUGCUGUAGGUUUUAUCAGGAUAGUUUAGGUCAUUGCACUUAUAGCUGUGCUAAUGCUAUACUGCGGGCAAGAGCUGGCUAAGAGAAAUUGGUGUGAAAAUAAAACUUGUGUUACAAAACCAGUAGCGAAGUACAGCCUGGUUUCAGCUGACCUGCUGCAAGAUUUCCGCAGGGACUUUUGUAGCAGGGAUGGUUCCUGACCUGUUUUGCUGUCCAGCCUCGGGGAUUAAUUCUGUAUUCGUUUGGACUCCAGAUGUUCAUUGACUGUCAAGGGGAUUUGAGGUGUUCAGUGGAAUGUAGAAUGAGGUUCUUCAUUUGCUUUUAGCAGAAAAACUGCAGAAAUGAAUGUGUCAUUUAAAAUGAGUUGAAGCUUCAAAAAUCCUUUCUCUUUGUGUGACUAGCUCUUCUGCUUGGAUUGUAAUGUUAGCCUUAAAGACUUGUACUUUUCUUGCAAGAUUGUCUCUGGUUAAAGAUAGUCUGAAAAAUAAAACAGCCUUUGGGAGCACUUUAAAACUGCAUAGCCAGCAAGAAAAAAGUAAAAAAAGAAAGCGUCAGGCCCUUGUGUAAGGCAGCCUCUCUCCACGCAGUGGGUGAAUUAUGUCAGCGUGCACAUUGCACGUACACUGCUCCGGCCAGCGCAGCGCCUGAAGGGCUGUUUUAUUUUGGGUUAUUAUUUGGGCAGCAGAUGGUCCUAUCUCCAUGUAAAUGAGAAAUCUUUUUGUUUGUUUGCUUUCAUUUAGCACUGUAGGAAAAGAAGAAAACACCAGCUCAGUCCACAGUGCAAUUUCAGCUGCAAGAUGUUAUCACCAUUAACUUUAAAAUCCAGACCAGCGUUCUCUUUCUUAUCCUUCCAUUAUUAGUAACUGAAAUUCUAAUCAAAGUAUUCAAACAACAAAACUGUCAUUAGCUUUCCAACAACAAUUUCCUGUGCUACCUGUUUUAGCUCCAAAGUGCUAGUAUUCUGGGGGAUGUGUCCUAUCACAUGUUGACAAUGUCUCUCUUUGCAGACUGCCAGCUGCAAGUUAUAUAGAUAUAAUUAAAAAAAAGGGCAAAAUCCAUAGCUCUUCUUUAAAUAUGAAUAUUUCAACUAUCUAUGUAGGACACUGGAAAAAAAUUAAUGUUUUACUUUCUAAACCUAUGUUUCUUAAUAAAAUCUUCUUUCUAAAUAUGGAUAUUCCAAGUAUAAAGUAGGCACUGUUCCACAGGAUUACAGGGCUGUGCUAAACUGUAACGUGGAGAUUUAGAUUAAAUAGUGUUCUAGAGAUUGUUCUGAUAAAAUCCGAAUGUGCUUCUCUAACCCAUUUUAUCUUUGUCCAUAUUUUUGUUAAAAGUACAGUCAACACACUGAUGGAACACCACUUGGAUAAUUCAUUCCCUUUCAUUAUGUUCAUUUUAUCUAUGAUGUGGGUACUCGGUGAGGGAGGAUUUGAAAGUAAAAUAUUUUCUUCACUG